GAUGCCCGCACUCGUGGCGACAGCGGGGGCUUCCCUGCCUGGAAGGCACAGGCGGUUCGGUGGAGCGAAGCCAUUGGAGUUGAUGUUGCUAAGCACCGUGUUUGGACAAGUCGGCGAGACUUUGUGGGACGGGGUGUUCCACAGAAUGAGCGGGUGCAAACCAUGCUUGAUCUGGUGUGUCUCCAGAAGUGGUCUGAGCAUCCAAACCGUGGGUACCUUCGUGAUGUUGUUUGGCCUGACCUCAUGUGCAAUGUGUUCCUGGACUGGAGCCAAAAUCCAGCUCGCAGGGCUUAUUCAGGAAAGAAUGGAGAGAUGCGCUGUUUGACUACAUCCUCCCAACUCUACUCCUUUGAAGCCGACCGGGCACUCUUUCCGAUUGAGUACAUGAGGCUCCAGGGAUGGGGCUUUGACAUUGCUAUCCCUGAGCAGUGUGCAGGGAAGAUGCGAGAGCUGUCAGGGCAAGGCAUGUCGCUGCCGUGCCUCGGAGUUGUGAUUUGGGCAGUGUAUCUGCUGAAGGGAGCCCAAGAGCAAGAGGCCUCGCGUGGUGAGUGUGGCCUCGUUGCAGUGCUUGAUCUGCAAGAAGAGGUCGAGUGGGCAUCCUUCAACUCCAAGAGCCAACCGACGGGUUUGUGGUGUGGAGUGCAUUUGAAGGUGGUGAUACAGCUCUACCCCGACCAACCGCCGGAGGUUGUUGCCGUCCUUUAUCAUGAAGACUCGGAGGCUGGACGUACUUGCAAACGAGUGAUUGAUGAGGCAGCCCAAAACCUGAAGGACGGGGUUGAGUUCAGCCUGCCUGCAACUGUGAGCUCCAUGGCGAGCCAGGGAGUCCGCUUGGUGUUUGAAAUGGCCUUCUGCUCAGAAGGGGAUGUUGUCCGCCUUGCGGGGCACUCCAGCAAAUUCCUCAAGCUGCAAGAAGUCCUGCUGCAGCCCGAGCAGCGUGGGCACCCAGUGCUUGCAGGCUUUUUGUUGAGCCUCCGGGGGUUGCCGCUGGACGAGGUGUUGAGCCUCAGGCGUGUCCAGGUCUAUCGCGACACGGCUCUGGUUUUGCGCGAGGAUAACUUGCAGCCUGAAGGUAUGGUACACGAGUCCCAGCCGUCAGUGCUGUUGACGUUCCUUUCCCGCAAGCAGACCGAGAGCUACCCCAAAGAGUUUGUGGGCCACUCGACCCGCACGGUGCCUCCUACCCUCCAGCAGCUGAUCCAGCGGGGUGCUGACUUCAAGCAGCAGGCCUUUUUACAUGACAGUCUAGCAGUCUCGCAGCUUAGGCUUAGCAUUCUCGAAUCAGCUCCUUGCUUGGUUCUCUUAAGGUCCUGA